AUGGAGAUGCGAGGAAAGCUGAGCGAAUGCCGCUCCACCUCCCACGACACCCUCCGUUCUGGCAUCCCAUCGCCGCGCAUCGAACACUUCGAUGGAGAGGUCCCUCCCGCCCUCUCUCCUCUGGAUGCCUUCGCCGCCCAGGGGCGAUUCCUCGCUAAACAAUUAGAUGAGUCUCGACUAGGAGACCGGCGCAUGAGCCGGUUGCCUCCUUCUAGCGUCGCUCGCUCGCUGUCACACGGUCGACCGGGCUAUUUCCGUGGCGCGUCCAGCGACUCUCAGACGAAUACUCUCACGCGGAGACCAACACAGAAGGCGCUUCCGGAGUUUUCAGAGCCCAAAUACCGCCCCGUGUCCGAACACCCACGUUUCAGUUCCGUCUCGAAUGCUACCAGCAACGGCGACGACAACGACGAUGAGUCUACCCCCCGUACAACUAUGAUCCAGUCGGACUCGUACGGGAUGCCGCGUGCAGAGUCUCCUGACGAGGACCCGAUACUCGCCCGCGAAUCAGAGGAUUCGGUUGGUGUUGCCAUGUUUGAUCCAUCUCGGCAAUCCUCGACCGACUCGGUGUCACGUCUCCAUAUUGCUCGAACCCUAGCGCCGCCGAUGUCGCCCAAUUCGCGGUCUUCGAGCAGUGCCAAGGUGACGCACCCCGAGAGCUCUGAUGAUGAUUAUAGUAGCUCGAAUGGGGGCUCCACAUUCUCCAAACCGCGGAAAUUGUCCUCUGGCAGUGCCGUCUCGUUGCCAUACUCGCCCAUGUCUACCUUCCCCGCUCGAGCUCACCCGCGUUCACCAUCUUUGAGCUCAGAAACAUCAAAUACUGGCCACCUCGCCCGACCUUCUUUCAACUUCUCCCGGCCCCUCAGCCGCUCAAGCACGAGCUUGUCCGCUCCUGGCCCAUCAGCCACAUCGGAACCAACCGUGGCACCCCAGUCAAAUCAAUGGAACCAGCCUAGCAAUAUGCAUCGUGCGACCAAGCCCGCUCCGAUCCUUUUGCCUUUGGCAACUGAAGCGGCCGCGGAAACCGCCCCCGGCGAGGGCGACCCGUCUUCCGCCGUCUCUUCCUACGUAUAUGCUAAAUACGACCUUCCCCGUGGACGCGAGCUUGCAAGAGACUCGGUGAUCUUUGCAGGCUUACAAACGCCUCAUUUCGAAUGGAGUGAACCUUUGUUUGAGAAGACCCCGCCUCGCCAUUCAGAGGACCACUUGCGCUCGGCUCGCACUCCGCCACCCUCCAUGCGUCGCGACCCAGACAAUUCUCCCAAGCCGCACUCGAUGCACGAGGUACCUGCUCCUCAGACCCCGAGAUCAGUACCCAUGCCGCCUUCACCACCCAAGCCCGCGCCUGCACCAGCAGCGCCUGCACGGGUGGUUUCCACUCCCCGAAAGUCCAGCGAGUCUAUUCAGCAGUCUACCCCGCCGUCCAGCCAGCCAAGGAGCAUUAAGACGAAUGAUAAGGACGAGACCGUUUCAUCAGCGGAUUCGGCCAGUACAUUGCGCCCGCAAACCGCUGCAACCCAGGCAUCGUCGCUCAACAUGACCCCCGAUGACCAUGUUGCGAAGGCCAUUGACCUACACGAGAAGGGGUCAUUGAACGAGUCGACAUAUCAUCUGCGGAUUGCGGCCAAGCAAAACAACCCCACCGGAAUGUUGUUGUACGCGCUCGCCUGCCGUCACGGCUGGGGUAUGCGAUCCAACCAGCAAGAGGGCGUGCGAUGGCUUCGCAAAGCCGUGGACUCCGUUGGGCUGGAAAUGCUUGAGAAUCCCGAUGCCCCUGGUGCGUCCAAGGCGAAAGAGUUGCAGAAGGCCUACCGGUCACAGUUUGCUCUCAGUAUCUAUGAACUGGGCGUCAGCUACCUGAACGGUUGGGGCAUUGACCAGGACAAGGGCCUGGCUCUGCGCUGCUUCGAGAUCGCCGGACAAUGGGGUGAUGUGGAUGCCAUGGCCGAAGCAGGAUUCUGCUAUGCGGAAGGCGUUGGCUGCAAGAAGGACAUGAAGAAGGCUGCGCGGUUCUACCGACAGGCAGAAACCAACGGCAUGAGCAUGGUUGGAAACAGCUGGAUCUACAAGGAUAAAUACAUGGCUGAAGACGAGUCCAAGGGCCGCUCCCGUGGUCGCGGACGGACCGUCAGCGAUAACAAAAAAGACAAGAGCGAGAAGAAGCCGCGCAGCAAGUCGCGCACUCGCAGCAUGUUCCAGCGAAAGAAGUCCAUUGUCCCCGAGGCAUAG